CGUGAUUGAUCGUCUCCAGUGCAGUCAGUCCUCGCCGCAUUCCAGUCGCGCCUCGGAACGGGAUAUAUCUCGAGUUUGGGAAUUUACCUGUGAGUAGGACAUGCAGUGCAAGGAUCCCUCGGAUGUGACCCCUGGAUGCAGAAUUGAGGCGGAUGUUGAAGUUGAGGACUGUUUUGAGAAAAGGCAAGGAAAGCUGGAUCAAUAAAGGUUGUUUUGCCUCCCUUUCUUGUUUGUUGAUUUAAUUUGAAAGUCCCAACUGAAGACAAAUAACGUGGACCAACACAGCCUUUACUUGCGAGGACCAGUGCAGAUAUGUGGCCUCCCCAGGGGCCGCAUUGCGUUAUUCGCCAAGGAACGGUAAUUCUCCUUGGGCUGCUUACUAUCUACAUAUCUCUUCACCUUUCAGAAGGAGCUCCAGAACAAUUUAAGUUCUUCUCGCCCCCAGACUGGGGUCUGACGCAUUUAGCCAUCCAUAACAAGACAGGAGAUGUGUAUGUUGGUGCGGUAAACUGGAUCUACAAGCUCUCUAGCAACUUGACCAAGUUGAGGAGUCAUAUGACGGGUCCAGUGUUGGACAACGAGAAAUGCUAUCCACCUCCAAGUGUACAGUUAUGCCCCUAUGACCUUGCCCCAAACAACAAUGUGAACAAGCUGCUGCUAGUAGACUAUUCCCAAAACCGCCUCAUUGCUUGCGGAAGCACCUCGCAAGGCAUUUGUCAGUUUUUACGCCUGGUUGAUCUUUUCAAGCUUGGCGAACCACACCACCGCAAGGAGCACUACCUCUCCAGUGUCGUUGAGUCUGGAACAAUGUCCGGGGUCAUCAUCUCAGGGGGUCACUCUAGCAAGCUUUUCAUCGGAACGCCCAUCGAUGGAAAAUCAGAGUACUUCCCAACCCUUUCCAGCCGUAAGUUGAUGGCUAGUGAGGAGGAUGCUGACAUGUUCAGUUUCGUCCACCAGGAUGAGUUUGUUUCUUCCCAGCUGAAGAUUCCCUCGGAUACAUUGUCCAAAUUCCCAGCGUUUGACAUCUAUUACAUGUACAGCUUUAACAGUGAACAGUUUGUCUACUACUUGACCCUGCAGCUGGAUACUCAACUAACUUCUCCUGAUGCUAGCGGAGAACAGUUCUUCACCUCUAAGAUCGUCAGACUCUGUAUUGAUGACCCCAGGUUCUACUCCUACGUGGAAUUCCCUAUCGGAUGCACCAAAGAUGGGGUGGAAUAUCGAUUGAUCCAGGAUGCCUUCUUGAGCAAACCUGGGAGGCAGCUUGCAAACUCUCUGGGAGUGUCCGAGCAGGAGGACAUAUUGUUUACGGUCUUCUCUCAAGGUCAGAAGAACCGGGCCAAGCCUCCUAAAGAGUCGGCACUUUGCUUGUUUACUUUAACAAGAAUCAAGGAAAAGAUCAAGGAAAGGAUUCAGUCAUGUUAUAGAGGAGAGGGCAGGUUGUCCUUGCCUUGGCUACUCAACAAGGAGCUACCAUGCAUCAACUCGCCUCUACAGAUCGAUGAUAAUUUCUGCGGGCAGGAUUUUAACCAGCCUCUAGGGGGCACCAGCACUAUCGAGGGCAUUCCACUCUUCAUAGACAAAGAUGACGGAAUGACUUCGGUAGCUGCGUACGAUUACCGCGGCAACACCGUGGUUUUCGCAGGAACUCGUAACGGCCGAGUGAAGAAGAUUCUGAUUAAUUCGGUGAGUCCGUCCAGACCUGCGCUGCUGUACGAGAGUGUUCCCGUGAGCGAGGGAGGCCCGGUUCUACGAGACAUGCUGUUCAGCCCUGACCUACAGUUCAUAUACACACUGACAGACAAACAGGUGACGCGUGUGCCGGUGGAGAGCUGUUCUCAGUACACAACAUGUUCUGAAUGUUUGAGCUCCAGAGACCCACACUGCGGCUGGUGUGUCCUUAACAACAUUUGUUCUCGUCGUGACCGCUGUGAGAGGGCUGACGAACUCCAGAGAUUUGCUUCAAGAGUGGAUCAAUGUGUGGAACUCACCGUCCAACCCAACAACAUCUCCGUCACCAUGACUGAUGUCCAGCUGGCUCUUCAUGCCCGGAACGUGCCGGAUCUUUCCAAAGGAGUGGACUGCUCCUUUGAGGAUUACACAGAGACUGAGGGAAAAAUACACGGGUCACGAAUCUACUGCCUCUCACCAUCAGCCAAAGAACUCAUCCCAAUCACACGGCAACAGAAAGACACUCAUGUGGUGAAGCUCUAUCUGAAAUCGAGGGAAACGGGGCAGAAAUUUGCCAGCGUGGAUUUCACCUUCUACAACUGCAGCAUCCACAGAUCGUGUUUAUCAUGUGUGAACGGCUCCUUCCCGUGUCACUGGUGUAAAUACCGUCAUUUAUGCACGCAGAAUGCUAACGACUGCUCUUUCCAGGAGGGACGUGUCAACAUGUCAGAGGAUUGUCCUCAGAUUCUGCUGUCCACUCAGAUCUACAUUCCCGUCGGCGUUCCCAAGCCGAUCACUCUGUCUGCCCGGAAUCUUCCGCAGCCUCAGUCUGGUCAGAGGAACUACGAGUGCAUCUUCCACAUCCAGGGCGAAACACAAAGCGUGACGGCACUCCGAUUUAACAGCUCCAGUAUACAGUGCCAGAAAUCUACAUAUAACUAUGAAGGAAGUGACAUCAGCGAUCUUCCUGUUGAUCUGUCUGUGGUGUGGAACGAAAACUUCAUCAUCGAUAACCCGCACAACAUACAAGCUCACCUGUACAAGUGUUAUGCAUUGAGGGAGAGCUGCGGUUUGUGUCUGAAAUCUGACCCGAGCUUCGAGUGUGGAUGGUGUGUUCAGGACAGGAAGUGCUCUCUCCGACAGGAAUGUGCUCAACCGGAGCACACGUGGAUGCACGCCACAGCCGGCAACAGCCGCUGCACAGACCCCCGCAUCACCAAGUUGACUCCUGAGACCGGUCCACGGCAGGGUGGAACCAGACUCACCAUCACCGGAGAGAAUCUGGGCCUUCAAUUCAAAGACAUCCAGAAUGGAGUCCGGAUUGGAAAAGUGGCCUGUCAGCCCAUAGAAGAGGAAUAUAUCAGCGCUGAACAGAUUGUAUGUCGAUUGGCUGAUGCCACAGGUUAUCGUGUGCAGGAAGCUCAGGUUGAAGUGUGUGUUCGAGACUGUCUUCCUGACUACAGGGCUGUAUCACCUAAAGCCUUCACAUUCGUGUCUCCAUAUUUCACACGUGUGUUGCCAUCAUACGGUCCAAUUUCUGGCGGCACAAGAAUCACGAUUCACGGCAGUCAUCUGAACGCGGGCAGCGCCGUCUCUAUCAAGAUCGGACUCAAUACUUGCAGCUUUGAGAGACGAAGUGCCCGUGAGAUCGUGUGUGUGACUCCAGCGGGUUUGGGUCCAGGUGGAACUCCAGUGAUGGUGGAUAUAAAUGCGGCUGAACUGAGAAACCCAGAGGUGAAGUUUAACUACACUGACGACCCCACAAUACUGAAGAUAGAACCAGACUGGAGCAUUGGCAGUGGUGGAACUCCAGUAACGGUCACUGGAACUAACCUCGCAACCAUCAGAGAGCCAAAGAUGAGAGCCAAAUAUGGCAGCGUCAGAUCUGUGAAUAACUGUACGGUGGUGAAUAACACGGUGAUGGUGUGUCUGGUUCCUUCUGUGGCGGGAUCAGAGAGGGGGUUCUCAGAGGUGGGCAGCGGUCCGGAUGAGAUCGGCUUUAUCAUGGAUAAUGUUCAGACGCUGCUGGUGGUUAAUGAGACCUUCAGUUUCUAUCCUGACCCUGUGUUUGAACCCCUGAGUCCAUCCAUGCUGGAGCUCAAACCAGGUUCUCCACUUAUACUGAAGGGCAAGAAUCUAAUUCCUUCAGCGCCUGGUAACUACAGGUUGAACUACACUGUUCUGAUUGGUGACAAACCGUGUGUGUUAACCGUCUCCGAGGCUCAACUGCUCUGUGAAUGGCCAAAUCUCACCGGACAACAUAAAGUCACCGUCUUGGCUGGAGGUUUCCGGUAUUCUCCGGGAACUCUUCAGAUGUACUCUGACAGCCUCCUGACUCUUCCUGCUAUCAUCGGUAUCGGGGGAGGAGGGGGUCUUUUACUCCUUGUCAUCAUCUUUAUCCUCAUCGCGUACAAACGAAAAUCCCGCGAUGCCGACCGAACGCUUAAACGUCUGCAGUUACAGAUGCACAACCUAGAGUCCAGAGUCGCGCUGGAGUGUAAAGAAGCGUUUGCAGAGUUGCAGACUGAUAUCCAUGAGCUGACUCAGGAUCUGGAUGGUACUGGAAUUCCGUUUCUGGAUUAUCGUACGUAUGCGAUGAGAGUUCUGUUCCCUGGAAUUGAGGAUCAUCCCGUUUUGAAGGAGAUGGAGGUGCCAGCUAAUGUGGAGAAAUCUCUGACUCUGUUUGGCCAGCUCUUGAAUAAGAAGCAUUUCCUUUUGACAUUUAUCCGGACGCUAGAAGCGCAGCGCUCAUUUUCCAUGCGUGACCGCGGGAACGUGGCGUCGCUCAUCAUGAGCGCCCUGCAGGGGGAGAUGGAGUACGCCACGGGCGUCCUGAAGCAACUGCUGUCUGAUCUCAUCGACAAAAACCUGGAGAGCAAGAACCACCCUAAACUCCUGCUCAGACGGACGGAAUCAGUGGCAGAAAAGAUGCUAACAAACUGGUUUACCUUCCUCCUCUAUAAGUUUCUUAAGGAGUGUGCAGGUGAGCCUCUCUUCAUGCUGUAUUGUGCUAUAAAACAGCAGAUGGAGAAGGGCCCCAUAGACUCGAUCACCGGCGAGGCCCGAUACUCCCUCAGUGAGGACAAACUGAUCCGACAACAGAUCGAUUACAAAACUCUGUCGCUCCACUGUGUGAACCCGGAGAGUGAAAACGCUGCAGAGGUGACCGUUAAAUGCCUGAACUGUGACACCGUCACGCAGGUCAAAGAAAAAAUACUGGAUGCUCUAUUUAAAGGAAUACCGUACUCACAACGACCCAAAGUUGGAGACAUGGACCUCGAGUGGCGUCAGGGUCGUUUGGCUCGAAUCAUUCUGCAGGAUGAGGACGUCACCACGAAGAUCGACAACGAUUGGAAACGACUCAACACACUGGCACACUAUCAGGUAACAGAUGGGUCAGUGAUCGCAUUGGUCCCCAAACAAAACUCUGCCUACAACAUCUCCAACUCCUCAACAUUCACCAAAUCCCUCAGCAGAUACGAGAGUAUGCUGAGAACGGCAAGCAGUCCAGACAGUCUUCGCUCUCGGACGCCCAUGAUCACGCCGGACCUGGAGAGCGGAACCAAACUCUGGCACCUGGUGAAAAACCACGAUCACCCAGACCAGCGAGAGGGAGACCGCGGCAGUAAGAUGGUCUCUGAGAUCUACCUGACACGUCUGCUUGCCACCAAGGGUACUUUGCAGAAGUUUGUAGAUGACCUGUUUGAGACCAUCUUCAGCACGGCCCACCGAGGCAGCGCACUUCCUCUCGCCAUCAAAUACAUGUUUGACUUUUUAGACGAACAGGCCGACAGACACGUGAUAUCAGACCCAGACGUCAGACACACCUGGAAGAGCAACUGUUUGCCAUUGAGGUUUUGGGUGAACGUGAUCAAGAAUCCUCAGUUUGUGUUUGACAUCCAUAAGAACAGUAUUACAGAUGCAUGUUUGUCUGUGGUCGCUCAGACGUUCAUGGACUCGUGCUCCACAUCAGAACACAAACUGGGCAAAGACUCGCCCUCCAACAAGCUGCUGUAUGCUAAAGACAUACCCAACUACAAGAACUGGGUGGAGAGGUAUUACUCUGAUAUAUCACGGAUGCCGGCGAUUAGCGAUCAGGAUAUGAGCGCGUAUCUCGCUGAACAGUCGCGCAUGCAUUUAAAUCAGUUCAACAGUAUGAGCGCGCUGCAUGAGAUCUUCUCCUACAUCACCAAAUAUAAGGACGAGAUCCUGUCUGCGCUGGAGAGAGACGAGCAGUCACGCAGACAGAGACUGCGCUCUAAACUCGAGCAGGUGAUUGACACGAUGGCUCUAUCCAGUUGAUCGGGACUGUAACACACAACGCACACACACACACACACACACACACACACACACACACACACCUGCCUCUACACACUUGCUGCGUCAAACACACACUGCGGUGGACAGCAGUACAUUAGAGCGCCCGCAGAGCGGGACUACACGCACUCAUCGGUGUGAAUGUAUGUGUGAUUUUACAAAAGGACAAAACCACAACGAUGAAUGUAGGUGGUGUUGAUUUAGAUUUUUUGAUGAUUUGUGGGAGUGACGUUGAUUGCUAUACGUCUUCACACAAGGACAAAGAUGCUAUUUUAUGUUUUGAAGAGACAAUGAGGACAUUAGGACCUCCAUGAAGUCAUGUGACCGUGUCACGAGCCAGUUGAUUGCGUGUUUACUAUAGUUUGUUUGUUUUAUUAUUAUUUUGUACAAAUGUUCUGAACUGCCCACUCUCUGUUCUCUUUAACCCUUGUGUUAACGCUGACUUUGCACAGUUUACAGAAUCAACGAGCGACUCAUGAGAUCUCGUACUGAUGUGUUUCAUUUACAGUCGCGCGAACUCAACGUUAUGUCUGUUUUAUCAUUUAAAUGCAAUAGUGUUGACAAAGAUUAAUUUGACAUGAAACAAAAUUACAAAAAAGGAUAAAAACUGCAAAAAAAGGUCUAAAUAAAAAAACUUGUCCUGUGCCGUGUUUUAUUUGAAUGUUGUUUAAUGUUGGGUUUUUUUUUUUUUUUUUUUAAAUAAUAAUUUUUAAGUGGGAAUGUGUGCUGGUUGUUUUAAAAGAAAAGAAAAUGUGAUGGACUAAAUGCAAAGACCAAACAUGCCAGAUAAGAAAUGUCAAGAUUAAUCUCACACGGAUGAAUUUCAUGAAACAUAUCAAGAACAUGACCAGGUCAUCUUUCACCUCAAAAGCAAAAUAAAAAAUAAGAUAUUCUGGGAACACUUGACGGUAAGGUUUUAUUUAACAUUAGUAAACGCAUUAGGUAUCAUAAACUAACAGUGAACAGUAUAUUUUUACUUUAUCUAUUAAUCUUGUUUAAUGUUCAUUUAUAUAUAUAAAAAUCAUGUUAGGUAAUAAUGCAUUAACUUAUGUUAACAAAUACAAGUUUUAAUAAAAAAUAAAAAAUAAUAUAUGUUUAAAUUAACAUUAACCAAGAUUAUUUAAUGCUGUGAAAGUAAACUGUAAUUUACCAUAAACAGAAAUUUACCAUAAAAAAACAGUGACUAUGUUUCUUGGUUUACGGGAUGUCAUUUUGAUGCCCGUAUAUUUUACGGUUCACUACCGUUUAUACUAUAAAAUGAUAUAAACAUGAAAUAUUAACUUUAUGGGACUAUAAAAGUCACUUUUCACUUUAACAUUUAUUUUUAAUCUCUGUAAUAACUACAAAAAGUCACAUAAUGACUUAAAAUUCAACUUGAGAGACCCUUCCAGGAGCAAUAAUUAAUACAAAUGUGACUAAAAUAAUGCAAUAAACAUGAACUAAUCUACAUUAAAUAUAACAAAACACUCCAGUGAACAUUACUGAUAUUAAAAAAGAAAAAUAAACAUAACUACAUACAUAAUAUAAUGAAAUGUGAUGGGUCAAGCAGGGACUUCUGGGAGUGCCAAACUGUUUUUACAGUAAUUUUAGCAAUAGUUUACUGUAAAAAAAAUAAAAAAUAAAAAAAAAGUAUUCCUUGUUAAACAUGAUAUACAUUUUUUUCAUUCAUUUAACUGUAAAAUUGUAUUUAAAUCUAAAAAACAAUAUUUUACCGUAAAAUCAAAAAGUUACCAAAACUUGUUAAAUAUUGUAUUGUAUUGUCCUGUUAAAUAUUAUCGUGUUUUUUCUUUCCUAAAGCAUUUUAAAGUUUUACAGUGCAUUAGUUCAUGUUAAUUAGUGUAGUUAACUAAUUUUAACAAAUACAGCCUUAUUGUAAAGUGUUAAUGAAAUUCUUUUUUGGAUGAAGAAAACAAAGCCGCAUUUUUAGGACCAUUAAUAAAUAUAUAUAUAUAUAUAUAUUCCACAUUUUAUGGUGCAGCCUUAUGCUAAAAUGCUUUAAAUAUAUUUUUUCACAUCAAUCUACACUCCAUACCCCGAAAUGACAAAGCAAAAACCAGAUUUUUGAUAACUGCAAAUUUAUUAAAAAGAAAAAACUGAAAUAUCACAUUGGCAUAAGUAUUCAGACCCUUAACCGUACUUAGUUGAAGCACCUUUGGCAGCGACUACGGCCUCAAGUCUUUUUGGGUAUGAUGCCACAAGCUUUGCACACCUGGAUUUGGGGAAUUUCUGCCAUUCUUCUCUACAGAUCCUCUCAAGCCGUCACGUUGGAUGGGGACUGUCGGUGGACAGCCAUUUUCAGGUCUCUCCAGAGAUGUUUGAUUGGGUUCAAGUCCGGGCUCUGGAUGGGCCACUCAGGGACAUUCACAGAGUUGUCCCUAAGCCACUCUUGUGUUGUUUUGGCUGUAUUCUUAGGGUCAUUGUCCUGUUGGAAAGUGAACAUUCGGCACAGUCUGAGGUCCUGAGCACUCUGGACCAGGUUUUCAUUAAGGAUAUCCCUGUAUUUUGCUGCGUUCAGCUUUCCUACAACCCUGACCGGUCCCCCAGUCCCUGCUGCUGAAAAACACCCCCACAGCAUGAUACUACCACCGCCAUGCUUCACCGUUGGGACAAUAUUGCGCAGAUGAUGAGCGGUCCCUGGUUUCCUCCGGACAUGAUGCUUGGAAUUGAGGCCAAACAGUUCAAUCUUCGCUUCAUCAGACCAGAGAAUCUUGUUUCUCACUGUCUGAGAGUCCUUUAGGUGUUUUUUAUGUGUCUUGCUCUGAGGAGAGGCUUCCGUCUGGCCACUCUGUCAUAAAGACCAGACAGGUGGAGUGUUGCAGAGAUGAUCGUCCUUCUGCAAGUUUCUCCCAUCUCCACAUAUGAUCUCUGGAGCUCAACCAGAGUGACCAUCAGGUUCUUGGUCACCUCUCUUACCAAGACCCUUCUCCCCCGAUUGCUCAGUUUGGCCGGGCGGCCAGCUCUAGGAUGAGUCCUAGUUGUUCCAAACUUCUUUCAUUUAAGAAUUAUGGAGGCCACUGUACUCUUGGGAACCUUCAAUGCAGCCGGAAUCUUUUGUACCCUUCCCCAGAUCUGUGCCUCAACAUAAUCCUGUCUCUGAGCUCUGCAGGCAGUUCCUUUGACCUCAUGGCUUGGUUUUUGCUCUGAUAUGCAUUUUCAGCUGUGAGACCUUAUAUAGACAGGUUUGUGCCUUUCCAAAUCAUGUCCAAUCAACUGAAUUUGCCACAGGUGGACUCCAAUCAAAGUGUAGAAACAUCUCAAAGAUGAUGUCAUAGCAAAGGGUCUGAAUACUUAUGUCAGUGUGAUAUUUCAGUUUUUUCUUUUUAAUACAUUUGCAAAGUUAUCAAAAAUCUGUUUUUUGCUUUGUCAUUAUGGGAAAUGGAGUGUAGAUUUUGGAGAAAAAAAUAAUAAUUUACAACAUUUUAGAAUAAGGCUGCAACAUAACAAAAUGUGAAAAAAAUGAAGGGGUCUGAAUACAUUCUGAAUGCACUGUGUAUAUAUAGAUAUAUAUACCUUUGAUUUAUGUUGAUUUAAAGAAAAAAUCAUUGUAUAAAUUUUUUUAAAAGUAAACAUUUACUCUAUUAAAUUUAUAAAAAUCAACGUAAAAGUAAAACGUACGGACACAAAUUUUGAAAAAGUUAAUUUUGAAGGUAACUGCACUCAAUUAUCAUUUAACCCUUUCUCAGGCCAGCGAGAGAAAAAAAUUACUUGUUAAAAUAUUAAUGACUACAGUCUUGGCCAACACAAAAUAGGUAUCAUUUGAAAGUUUAGAAGCUCUGCUUUCCAAUGCAUGCGUUAUUACCAAAACUGAACAAGUGCUUUGAAAUUUGCAGACAAAUCAGAAGUGGUCUGUUUUGAUAGUUUAUAAAAAAAAAAAGUUUUCACUGUACAUAUUAUUGUAAUCAAUAAAACAUCAAACUGAUCAAAUAGCCAUGUGUCAUAUGUUGUUGGAAAGCUCUCAAAGAUACAAAAAUAUAGUGAGUAAUACAAUUAUGUUGGUGUUGCUUAUAUGCGGUGUUUUUGCUUAUAACUUAAUGAAAAAUAAACGGAACAUAAAAUAUCACAUACCAUUACUUAGAAGAGGUUAUUAUCUUUCAAACGAUCCCACACAAAAGGUAAUCUGAUGCAUAGAUCAUUAGAUAAUCCACACAAACACGGACUCAAUGAUGACUCAAAUGGCACAGAAUGAAACUCAUUCUGUGAAAUUUCAUUCCUAAAAUCAUGUCUGCAGGCUAUGAAAACCUUUAGUCAUUGUUUUGUUUACAUGUGUAAUUAGUUUUUAUGUACAAUUAUUAUUAUGUUUUAUUGUUUGGAGAUGUUUUUGGACACUAUGAUAAAUAAUUUUUUUUAACGCUAUAACGUUUGAUUGCUUUGUCGUAUCAACACAAAAGUUUCCUCAGAUAGAGCUGACAUGAUUGGGAACAAAGAGAUUUACACCCAGAGAUAUAUAAUGUCAAAUAAGAAAAAAAAGUCAAAUUUAGGCUACAUUUUUCUUGUGUGAUUUUUUUUUCAGCUGUUUCUUAGGCGAAUGUACCAUAGUCUAUAUCAUAAAAAUAAAAAAAAAAUUGGAUUUUUUGUUUUUUUGUCCAGUUAUAAGCCUUUAAUUUUGGGUAUGCCACUGAAACAGGAAAUCUUUAAAAACACCUUCAGGGCUUAAAGGCUCAAAAAUUUCACAAUUCAAUAAAAUGAAUGGUCCUGAAAAAGUAGGAUUCAUUUUCUUUAUGCAAAAUAUAAUUUCUUAUUUGUUGUCCUUUUUAUAUUUGGGGUAAAAUGUGACCUGGACAUGUUUUGAUGAGAUUCCUUCACGUUUCCACUUUCUGAAUGUUUAACUAUUGAACAAAAAUUGAGACUGAUCCAGAAUAAAUGAGUGAAAUAAGGGAGAGUGAAUAGUUUCAGAUGUGCGAGUCAGUGCUUUUAUAGCAUGUCAAUGGUGGGAACUGCCAAUUCAUCAUGGCUUCAGUCUGUGUAAGCGGAAAUGAGAAGUAGAGGCUUUUCUCAUUAAUGAUUCGAUCCUGCUCGUGUGUGAUUGAUUCAUCGUGAUCUAUCGCUCAGGAUUCAUUAAACAGUUUGAGAGGAGACGUGAUGUUUGGAGUUCAAAUGUUUUCCUGGCAACAAACUGUGAGCAGUUCAUUUCCUCUUGACAGGGGGGACUGUCCAUAGGGAGAACCGGGUGGGCCGGCCACGAAACGGGGCCGUGAUAUGUAGAAGUGGACAAGGAAAUCCAUGCACCUUCCCCCCAGUGUAGUGGUCAGUGUAGAACUGAUGAUUUACCUUCCAAUCAGUCAGGUUUACCUUAACAUGCUUUAAAACAAGUUAUACACAUCUCAGGAUCUUACUUUCACUCUUGGGUUUGUCAUUGUUUGACCUUUUUGACUGUUGCAAAGAACUUGAUAAUUCACCUUUGGGUUCCCAGGGACUUUCGGUGUUUACAUCCAAAAUUCAUAUCACAUGUAAAAAAUAAAGUUCACAUUGUGUUUUAAGUUAUACAUUUUUUGUUGUUGUUGUUUUUAGAUUGAAAUGUGUCUAACUUGGUGCUGUAGUUUCUUUUCGAGUUGGGAAAAAAAAAAGUGUGUUCUCUCCUUUUUACCGGCUUCUACACUUUCAUAAAAUGUAUCUAUUCUCUGUGUUUAACUUCAGAUAUGAUACAUUAAUGAAGGUCAACACAAGCAUACUGAGGCACAGAUACAAAAACUGAAAUCAAACACAUUAAAAAUAAUGAAGUAGAUCCAUCAAACCAUAAAUAGAUUCAGAGAUGAAGCUAGAUGUUUACUGUGAAAACUGAAAUAUCAAAAGACAUUGAACUCUCAGACUGUCAUAAGUUGGCUGGUAUUGAUUUAUUGUGUAAAUAUAUGUAUAUUUUUGUUGUUGUGCAGAUUUAAUACUUGUAAAUAAACAGAUUAAGGAGAUAUUAAACAUGUUUUGCUAAUAAA